AUGGACAAGAAGAUAAAAUCUGCUCAGCACAAAAAACUCGUCGCAGUGGAAAACAUUAAGGCGCUGGAGCGCUUUAAGCAGAACUUCAAACCCGAAAAUGUAGGUGAAAUCCCGGAGGUUAUGGAGGGUUUGGAGCAACACAGACAGGACUUUUUUGCCGCGGUGGCAAAGCUGGAAGAGUAUGACGACACCAGUGAUGCGAUUCAAGCCUGUAUUACUGACAGGAUCGAUAUGGAAGAGCGCUGCCGGCGGCUAAAAUCGUUCCUUAGAGAAAACCAGCGGAAGGAAGCCAAUUCGCUCAACGACUCCUUAUUGGCAAACUCAACCCUAGCGUUUGGACGGCCAAACACAUCAAACAUACGUUUUCCCAAAAUCGAAUUACCAACGUUCGACGGUGAUUCGACAAAGUGGUUGUCAUUCCGCGAUCGCUUUGUCGCGAUGAUUGACGCAAGUGGCGAGCUGCCGCCAAUUGCAAAACUGCAGUACUUACUUUCGUCCCUGAACGGUGACGCUGCGGUUCCCUUCGAACAUGUUACUCUGACCACGGAAAACUAUUCUGUUACCUGGGCUGCGCUGCUUAAGCGAUACGACAACUCACGGAUGCUCGUUCGCGAGUACUGGCGACGGCUACAUUUCCUACCUGCGAUUGCAACAGAAAGUGUCGAUGGCUUGACGUCGUUGGUAGAUGAAUUCGUGCGAUAUGUGAAUGGGUUGCAGAAGCUGCAUGAACCUGUCGACUCAUGGGACACGCCUUUGUCCAACAUGUUGCUGAUGAAGCUGGACAAUGAGACCAUUCUGGCGUGGGAAAGGCAUUCUGUGCAUAAGAAAAAGGAUAAGUACAGCGAGUUGAUCGAAUUCCUGCAAGACCGAAUCCAAAUCCUAAAAUCGAGCCAGAGUAUCUCGUGCGAUCGGAUUGUGGUUCCGAUCAAGGUGGCCGGGGCAUAUCGGCCCACCGCACCACGGCGGUCGGUAACCAACGCUGCUUCUGUGCAAAGGAAUACUCCCGUUUCAUCGACCAUGCAACAAGUGAGCUGUCCAUUGCAGUGUGCAGAUCAUCACCUGGUUCGAAAUUGCCCGGUAUUUUUAGCCAAAAAUACUCAGGAGCGGCGGGAAAUCGCACGGUCAAAGGGAUUGUGCUGGAAUUGUCUCAGUUGUUCCCAUCAAGUGAGAUCGUGCAAAUCCGAGUAUUCUUGCCGUUCGUGCAAGGAACGGCAUCAUACGCUGCUUCAUCAACCACCACAACAACCUACAGUCGCUUUGUCAGCCCAAUUAGAUGAUGAUAUGGUGUUUCUCGAGACGGCCCUUGUGUUUAUCGUAGACGAUUAUGGAGAGAAGCAUGAGGCACGGGCGCUUCUGGAUUCGGGCUCCAUGUCCAACUUCAUUUCGGAUACGAACCUUCAAUUCACCACCCCAUUGGAGUUUCUGAUCCUGGAUACACCCUCGGCGGACAUUCCCACCUCACCAAUCAACGUGUCUACGUGGAACGUCCCGGAUGUAACGCUAGCAGACCCCACGUAUCACAUCCCAGGCAAGGUCGAUGUGGUCAUCGGUGGCGAUACGUUCUGGGAGCUGCAUACCGGACGCAAGCAAUCUCUCGAUUCGGGUCUGCCAUGA